GAGGAAAUACUCAAUCUGUGUCACUCACUCCUGUGAGCCUGCCUCUUCAUUCCAGGACUGCAAACGGAAGCAAUCACCAAAAUGAAGACUGCUUUAAUUUUGCUCAGCAUUUUGGGAAUGGCCUGUGCUUUCUCAAUGAAAAAUUUUCACCGAAGAGCCAAAUUAGAGGAUUCUGAAGAAAACGGGGUUUUUAAGUACAGACCACGGUAUUAUCUUUAUAAGCACGCCUACUUUUAUCCUCCUCUAAAACGAUUUCCAGUUCAGAACAGUGACUCGUCUGAAGAAAAUGGAGAUGGUGAUAGCUCAGAAGAGGAGGAAGGGGAAGAGGAGAAUUCAAAUGAAGAAGCAAACAAUGAAGAGUCUAAUGAAGAUGAAGAAUCUGAGGCUGAGAACUCCACCCUUUCUGCUACGACACCUGGCUAUGGAGAGGAGACCACGCCUGGAACGGGAAAUGUAGGCCUAGCUGCCAUCCAACUUCCCAAGAAGGCUGGAGAUGUAGGAAAGAAGGCUACAAAAAAGGAGGAAAGUGAAGAAGAAGAAGAGGAAGAGGAAGAAAAUGAAAAUGAAGAAAAUGAAGCAGAAGUGGAUGAAAAUGGGCAAGGCAUAAAUGGCACUAGCACCAACAGCACAGACGUAGAAAAUGGCAAUGGCAGCAGCGGCGGAGACAAUGGAGAAGAAGAAGAAGAAGGGGAAGAAGAAAAUGCAGAAGGAACCACAGUGGCUGGGGAGCAGGACAAUGGCGGGUUUGAACCCACCACUCCACCACAGGAGGUCUAUGGGACCACUCCGCCACCACAGGGGGGAACCACUACCACUGAAUAUGAGGGGGAGUAUGAACAAACAGGCACCAAUGAAUAUGACAAUGGAUAUGAAGUCUAUGAAAAUGAGAAUGCGGAACCUCGAGGGGACAAUUACCGAGCCUAUGAGGAUGAGUACAGCUACUAUAAAGGGCGUGGCUAUGAUAGCUAUGAUGGUCAAAAUUACUACUACCACCAGUGAAGGCCCAGGCUGGGAUGAAUUCAUCCAUUUUGGUGUUUCAUAUGGCUACAGUUUUCAAUGUUCAACUCAGGAAGGUGCAAUGUAACACAUGUGCAUAUAAUAAUGUGGAACGGUGCUACUGUUCCAAAGUGAUUUUCUGUAAUUGCUUCUGCAAGUGAUGGGCUUCAUGCUGCUUCCCCCUGGUAUGUUAUUGAGAGGUCGUUGAAAAUCAGGGUCAUUUGUCAAGUGGUAAACAAAUCCAUGAAAUCGAGUUCAAUUGAAUGUUUUGAAGUUGUAGUUGUUCUAUAAGUAGUAUUUUUAACGUGUUCGCUCUAUUACUGCUAAAACAUACUUUUUGUGCAAGAAGUGCUUCUAAGAAGAAACUCAUUGACAUUAGUGACACUGUAUACAAUAAAUGUGUAAUUCUUUAAUCAUACUACCUAUCCAACACUGUAUAGUUUAAUUAUCAUCCUCAUGUAUUUUUA